AUGGAGGCGGCCUUCGACGCCUACUUCCGCGCGGCGGAUCUGGACCGCGACGGCCGGAUCAGCGGCCAGGAGGCCGUCGCCUUCUUCAAGGGCUCCGGCCUCCCGCAGCCCGUCCUAGCUCAGAUCUGGACAUAUGCUGACAAAAAUCGGACUGGGUUUCUUGGGCGUGAAGAUUUUUUCAACUCGCUUAAACUAGUGACAGUCGCACAGAGUGGCCGACAGUUGACACCGGACAUUGUUAAGUCAGCAUUAUUCGGUCCCGCUGCUGCAAAAAUUCCUGCUCCCCGUAUAAAUAUCCCAACCGCAGCUCCUCAGCCAAAUAGUGUCACUAGCCCCCCGCAGCCGACUCAGGCAUUAGGUCCUCGUCAACAGACUCCAGUUGUAAAUGGAUCACAGGGCCCUCCUGGUCCUGGAUCAUCAUUGAAUCCACAAGUACCCCAACCGGGUAAUCUUGUUAGGCCGCCACAACCUCCAAGUGCAAACACCCCACAAGUACCCCAACAGGGUCAUCCUGUUAGGCCGCCACAACCUCGUGCAAACACCUCACAAGUACCCCAACAGGGUCAUCCUGUUAGACCGCCACAACCUCCAAAUGCAAACAUCCCCCCUGCUCAGGGAAUUGCGCCAAGGCCACCUGUAGGAGGUGGUCUAAGUGGGCUAAAUCAGACUGGUUCAACGACGGCAAAUCUAUCCACCGAUUGGUUCAGUGGCAAGAAAAGUGCAAGUCCAUUGGGAGGUACUUCGCAAGCUCCAGUUAGAGGUGCUUCUCCACAGGUGAACCUUGGCACCGUGGGAAUACCAACACAGAGUUCAACUCCUGCAGCCCAGACACCGGCUAUUACGACAUCUGUAAAGCCAAACCCAACAGAUCUAAACAUUCUGUCUUCACAACCAGCUGUUAAUGACUCCAAGGCAUUGGUUCCCUUAGGAAAUGGAUCUCCGUCCAACUCAAGUUUUGGGGUUGAUCCUUUCUCUGCAACUCCACAACCAACGCAAAAUUCAUCUUUCCCCCAUGUUUCAAAUGGCUUGCCCGGUUCUACAGCCCAUGGCCCAGCUGCUGGACCUCAUCACCCCCCUAAGCCAAUGCCACCUGGUCCUGUGCAGGGUAUAUCAUCGUUGCCUUCUCAUAUUGGUCAGGUGCCACCAAACCAGCCAGCUCCUAAGCAAAACCAGUUUAAUAGCAUACCGAGCACUCCAGGACCACUGAGUGCUAACAUCCCUGGUGGACAAAUGCCUACAAAUCAAAAACAGUUUCAGGCCCCAUGGCCCAAGAUCACUCAAGCAGAUGUCAGGAAAUAUAUGAUUGUAUUUAUUAAGGUAGACAGAGAUCGAGAUGGGAAGAUCACUGGUGAAGAGGCAAGGAAUCUGUUUUUAAGUUGGAGGUUGCCAAGAGAGAUCUUAAGGAAGGUGUGGGAUUUGUCCGACCAGGAUAAGGAUGGGAUGCUGUCUUUCAAGGAAUUUUGUUUUGCUGUGUACUUAAUGGAGAGGUUCCGAGAGCAGCGACCACUUCCUGAUGUAUUACCAGAUGGUAUUUGGGCGGAGGGAAUUUCACUACCCUCUACUGGCCAGUUUGCAGAAAACCCUAGUGGCCCGGCUCCUCAUCAAAGUGCUGGGUUUGCAAGUAGAGCAAUGCAAGGACCACAUCCUGGAAUGCCUCCUUCAUCUGUGAAGCAACAACAUCGAAGGCCUCUUCAUUUCGAUGAUGAUACUACACCGACUGAACCACAAAAACCUAAGGUCCCAGCAUUGGAGAAACAUUUGGUUGGCCAGCUUAGCAAAGAGGAACAAAAUGCACUCGAAGCGAAGUUCAAGGAAGCUUCAGAUGCCGAUAAAAAGGUUCAAGAGUUGGAAAAGGAAAUACUGGAUUCCAGGGAGAAGACUGAUUACUAUCGCACCAAGAUGCAGGAGCUGAUUCUCUACAAGAGUAGGUGUGAUAACAGGUUUAAUGAAGUCUCAGAAAGUAUGUCUGCUGAUAAGCGAGAGGUUCAAUCCCUUUCGGCGAAAUAUGAUGAGAGAUGCAAGAAGGUUGGAGAUGUGGCAUCAAAGCUAUCAAUGGACGAGGCUACUUUCCGUGAGAUCCAGGCGAAGAAAUUGGAAAUUUAUAAUUCUAUAGUUAAGCUGCAGAAAGGGGAUGGAGAUGACGAGAAGCUUCAGGAGCGGGCUAAUCAGAUACAAUCUGAACUUGAAGAGCUCGUGAAAUCUUUAAAUGAACAGUGCAAGAGAUAUGGAUUGAGAGCUAAGCCAACUACUUUAGUGGAGCUUCCUUUUGGUUGGCAACCUGGAAUACAAGAGACAGCUGCUGUUUGGGAUGAAGAAUGGGAUAGAUUUGCAGAAGAUGGGUUCUCUAUAAUCAAGGAACUCACAGUCGAAGUGGAGCCUCCUGCUGUAAAAGAAAGUCAUCCUACUGUUGAAGAUGGCAAAGUUUCUAGCAAUGGGGUAUCGGCAGCUACAUCAACAGAGAAAGAAGACAGCAAGACCGAUAAAACUGCUGCUGCUGAGCAGACUGUAGAACCUGAAGCAACUGGUUCCAACGGCAAAGCAGAAUUAGCCAAAAAUCCUCCAGUUAGUCCUGCAAAGAAGGCAAAGGAUGUUCAUACUAAUGAACCAUCGGGAACAAAUGCCGACUCACCACGUGCUGCUGAUAGUAUCAGCAACGAUGGAGCAUCUGAUUCCCCUGUUCGUGGAGAUAAAACCAAUAACAGACAUUCUUGGGGCCCAUCUUUUGAUCAUGGUGAUGAUAAUGACUCCCUAUGGAACUUCGGAGAUAAGGAUGGUGAGAAUGGUGAUUCAGAUCUAUUCUUUGGGCCAGGAGGUCUUCCCCCCAUAAGGACAGGGGGUUCUACAUCUGCUAGUGCUUUUGGCAAGGAGCAGAAACCGAUGUUUGAUUCUGUCCCAGGCACUCCAAUGGAGAAGCCAUUCUUUGAUUCUGUCCCAGGCACUCCACUACAGAAAUCCGUCUUUGAUUAUUCCGUCCCAAGUACGCCGAUGCAGAAUUCAUCCUUCGACUACUCUGUUCCAAGUACACCGAUGCAGAAGUCGCUCUUCGACUCUUCUGUUCCAAGUACACCGAUGCAAAGAUCACUCUUUGAUUCUUCUGUGCCCAGCACGCCGAUGCAGAAAUCACUGUUUGAUUCUUCUGUUCCAAGCACACCAAUGGGGAAUUCAUUCUACGACUCUUUCCCGAGCACCCCAAUGCAGGGUUCACUCUUUGAUUCUGGUCCAGGCAGAGUGGAAUCUCCUACGGCCGGGAGCACCUAUGGCGGCGGUCAGCAGAAGGGAUUCUUUGACUCUUCCGUUCCAAGCACGCCGAUGUACAACUCCAGUUUCUCGCCAAGGUACAGCGAAGCCGGGGACGACAGCUCGUUCGACACCUUCUCCCAGAUGGACUCCUUUGGCGCGAAAGACAGCACUUCGUUCGGGCAGCCGCGUGACAGCUUCUCACGGUUCGAUUCCUUCGGGAGCAGCGCCGAGCUUGGCAGCGGCAAUGACGCAUUCGGGAGGUUUGACUCUUUCAGCAGCAAUGCUGAUCAAGGCGGUGGCAGCAGCUUCAUGAGGUACGAUUCCAUGAGCAGCAAUGCCGACCAAGGCGGUGGUAACAACAGCUUCAUGAGGUACGACUCCAUGAGCAGCAACGCUGAGCAGGGCAGCGGUGGCAACAACAGUAGCAGCUUUAUGAGGUACGACUCCAUGAGCAGCAACGCCGACCAUGACAGAAGCAACGUGUUUGCGAGGUUCGACUCGAUGAAGAGCACUGACUCCCAUGACCAGGGCUACUCCUUCGACGAUGACGACCCUUUCGGCACCGGGCCCUUCAAGCCGUCCAAGCCGUCGACAGAGACCUCCAGCCCGACGAGACAUGGGACCGACAAGUGGAGCGCGUUUUGA